AUGCUAGAAGGUUUAAGCACAAGUAGAGCACCAUUCUUUGAUGGCGUAGACUUUCCUUAUUGGAAAAUUAGAAUGGAAACGUAUCUUCAAUCCAUUGAUUAUGAUUUGUGGCAUAUUGUAUGUUAUGGUCCUUACAUUCCUAUGCAUGUUGUAGAUGGUGUAGAAACUAUAAAGAAAUAUGAUGCAUAUAAUGAAAAUGAUAAGAAGAUGAUGUCUAAGAAUGCUAAGGCUAAGUAUGCUUUAAUAUGUGGACUAGAUAGAGAUAUAUUUAAAAAUAUUGAGCAUGCCUCCUCGGCUCAUGACAUGUGGAAAAUGUUAGAAGUAACUCAUCAAGGAACUAGUGCCAUGAAAGAAACUAAAAUUCAACUUUUACUUACUCAAUAUGAAAAUUUCAAGAUGUUACAACAUGAUACCAUUGCUAACAUUCUCAUCAAAGCCUACCAAGGCAAAGUAGUUGCCAUCCAAGAAGCCAAGGACCUCUCAACUCUACCAUUGGAAGAGCUCAUUGGUUCUCUCAUGAAUCAUGAGAUUUUCAUGAAUGCUCAAGAAGAAGAGGAAGUUGAUAAAAAGAAGAAGAACACAAUUGCAUUCAAAUCCACUUCACAUUAUGAUAGUGAAGCUAGUGAGGAUGGUGAUAGUGAUAUGGAGGAUAUAACCCUACUCACAAAGAACUUUAAUAAGUUUUUGAAGUUCAAGAAGAAUGCAAAUAGAUUUUACAACUCAAGGGAGAGCUCAAGAAAAGAUGAUCAAAUUAUUUGCUAUGAAUGCAAAAAGCCCGGUCAUAUGAAAACGGAUUGUCCUUUGAGAAAGAGGAGUAGAAGAAGGGCAAUGAUGGCUACUUGGAGUGAAAGUGAGAAAGAAAGUUCCGAAGAUGAACAACAUGAGAUAGCCAACACUUGCUUUAUGGCCAUUGAUGAUAAGGUAAGUAAUCCUAACCAUACAUGUGAUUUUGAAAGUGAAAGUGAUGAUGAUGCACUUGAUAUGUCUUAUGAGGAAUUAUCAAAAUCCUUCAAUGAUUUGCUUGUUGAUUUUGAAAAAUUGCUUGCUAAGAACUCAACUCAAAGAAAGAAAAUAAGUUUAUUGCUUGAAGAAGUUGAGGCUUUGAAAGUCAAAGAAAAUGCGUUUUUGAUUGAAACCCAAUGCAAAAAGUGUUCCUUAUUUGAAAAAGAUGUUGUAAACUUGAAAGCUAAAAUUGAUGAUUUAAACAAGGUGGUUUACAAUUUUACAAAAGGAAAAGAGAAUUUUGAAAUGAUGCUUGGGAGUCAAAAAUGUGCUGUAACACCCUAA